AUGUACAACGGGGUCGGUGUGCAGACCGCCCGCGGUACGGGCACAAAUGGGUACGUCCAGGCCAACCUCUCCCAUGUCAUGCUCUCACGAAAACGGGUCGACUACAAUGCAGACGCGGACCUGGCCAGAAACGAGGCGAUGCUCACAAAGAAGCCAGACGAAGCCAUGAUAGAGCACUCGCGGAAAAGAGCCGUCGAGGUCAAGUGCACAGAGUUCGAGAUGUUGAUGGAGAGCAAGGGCUUCGAACCCGAAGAAAUCGAAAAGAAGGUGGGCGACUACAGAAAAGUCCUGCUCUCGCAACUGGCCAACGGCGAGCUGAACGUCGACGACGAACUCGAUGCGAAGAAUUCCCACGUCAAGCAGUUGAACGCGAUGGGCGAGCGUGACCGUUUCCGGUCCGCAUUCGGCAUCAAAGAAGACUACGUGCCCGGGAGCAGUAUGCAAAACAUGAAUCCGACGCUUCCCGACCUCAACGCCGUCGUGGAGACGGACGACAAGAAGGCGUUGCUCGAGCUGAAGGCGAAGAAGAAGGCCGAUAAGAAGUUAAGGAAGAAACUGAAGAAAGAGAAGAAGAAGCAAAAGAAACGCGAGAAGAAGGAAAAGGCGGCCCGGAAGGAGCGUGAAGCACAAAAGGAGAAGGACAAGUCCAAGAAGCGAAGAAAAGACUCCUCCUCAGACUCCAGUUCAGCGUCAGACUCCGAAUCAUCAAGUUCCAGCUCAUCUGAUUCGGAGGAUGAGCGAAGAAGGCGGAAGCGCAAAGAGGCACGGCGGCCAGAGAAGGAGGUCAAGAAAGAAGUCGACUCGGAUGAUGAGGGCACGCGGCGGCGAAAUCGU